AUGGGGCAGGAUGGAGCAGGCCUUCAAAGAAUCCACGCCCAUUUCUGCCUCUUGCCUGCAACACCCAGAGACUCCCCCGCUGUCUUCCUGCCAGAAUCAACGUGGUAUAUAAACUACGGCUCCCUCAUCCCGAACCAGCAGAUCAACAUGAAGAGGGCGUCGCUUCUGGGUUCCGUGUUGAUCGCCCUCGUGUGCGUCCAUGUAGCUCACGCCUUGGUUUGCUUCACCUGUGAAGAUCAGACCUCCAACUGGAAGUGCCUGAGAAUGUCUCAUUGCCCCGAAGACAAGCAAAGGUGUCUAACUAUCGGGACUGUUUCGGGCAGAGAUGACGAUUCCAAGUUGCUGAUCACCAAGAAGUGUGUGGAGAGCUGCCCGUCGGACCGAGAACCUGCCGACCGAGCGUCCGUUUCUCUGUUUUGCUGCGAAAAGAGUUUCUGCAACAUUGCCUCUCCGAAAUAAAAGCCAGGAACCCAACUUGGAUGGCCUUUGAAGGAAGCCGCCUUGUAGCUGGAGCGCCCUGCUGGGGGUAUCUAACUGCCA